AUGGCCGAAGAAAAGGCUACAGGCCAGACCUGGAACACGAUUCCACCUGAGCUUCGUCUCGAAAUAUACAAGAAGCUGUGGUUGCCACGCACAGUGGCCAUCUAUCGGUGCGCACACCACGACAUCAAUAACUAUUUCGAACGGGGACUUCUCAAUCUGGCUCAGAGCCAACACCGAGACAAGUUCGAGCAGGACGUCGCCAUCGACGCCCUCUCCGUAGCCUCGCACUGCCCAGCAAUCCAAGUUCCUCACGAGGAUCCCGUGCUCGAUCUCAACCAUGAUCCCUAUACCCCAGGAAACGGGUUCCUUUGCGGGGCUCACAACCGCUGGGAUGCAACUACCACCACCGCCUCUUUACAGCUACCACCACCGCCUCUUUACAGCACCACCACCUUUGCCCGCGUCGACAGGAGCACCCUCGUCCCCAUCACGCUCUGGAUCGACCGGGAGUCGCGCGCCGAGACGCUCAAGCACUACCGGCUCGCCUUUGCGCUGCGCGGCGGCGAGUCGCGCGUCUACUUCAACUUCCGGCUCGACACCCUCCGCAUCCCCGUGCACGGCAAGCUGUGGCGGCUGGUGCAGCGCCGCGACCUGCAGGACCUCGAGAGGCUGAGGAUGAUCGGCACGGCCGACGACCCUUCGGGAUCGCGCUCGCGCAGCGUCAACCCCGCCCCGGCGACCACGCACAACCCAGCCGAGCCGCCGGCGGCCAUGGGCUCUCUCCUGCGCGCCCUCUGCCCGCGGCUGCGCCACGUGACCAUCGAGCCGGCGUGGGCGUGUGCACGCAACGACCUGGCCUGGCGGCGGCACGAGAUGAAUGAGAACAUCGUCAUCUUCAACCAGCAGGAGCUGAGAGAGCUCGAGAUCGGCUGUUCGUGUUGUGCGUGGAAUCAUGGCCACAGGCCGUGCGGCGUGCUCCUUCGGCGGCUCCACGAGCUCAGGUGGUUGGUCGACAUACCGCUGAUCAUGCCUAGGAGCAACAUGCCCUCUGAGCCGGGACUUUUGCUCACGUUUCACAGCUCGCGGCCGAUAGACGACUUUGUCAAUGGCGGCGACGAUGGCUACGGCGUGCCCGGAUAUGUCAAGAGUGAAGAGGCGUAUCUAGACCUGGACGAAGCCAAGGUGGCGAGCACGCUAUUCCUAGAUGGGCAGCACCCGCGCGCCAGCGUAGAGGAGGACUUCCACCGGCUCUGCACCAUCAACGCCAUGCAGUACAACCUCAAAUUGGCUUUCGACUUGACUACUCACCCUGCGGGUCAGAUGAACAACUCCAUAGACUUCAAGUUCCAGUUUCCACCUAGUGUCUCAGACCAAAGAACAAUUUUAUGGGUGCGUUCAUUGAUCGACAGUAAUCCGGAUGCAUCCAUGUCAAUGCUGCAGUAUGUUCUGAAGUUGCAAAUGGCUGGACAGUCGGACAGAGCUCGAUCCAGGCAAUACACGAAUUUGUAG